AUGGCCCAAAUGAUAAGAGAAAAUGACGUCAAGAAUAGGGAGAGAAGAGGCUCGUUCAAGUUCAACGUGGCGGCACCGGAGUUCGUGCCGACACUGCCGCUGCCAGCUCAGCUUCCGAUAACGAGCUUUUUAUAUCCGUGUUUUCCAUCCAUUGAUGGGACUAAUGGAAGCUGGAUUUACGUGGCGGAUCAAGAAAUAGCAAAUUCGUUUGUUCUAUCCAAGCUCAAUGAAAAAAUAGGCUCAACUCAAAUUAAUAAACAACAACAACAACAACAACCAAGUGAAAUUGUCAUUUCUGAGGAGAUUAAGCGCAAGAUAAUCAAACAGGCCGAAUACAUGUUUAGUGACAUGAGCAUGCUUGCAAAUGAAACUCUCGUCAAGCAUGUGAGCAAGGACCCUCAAGGCUAUGUUCCCAUAAAUUUUGUCUCGACUCUAAAGAAACUCAAAUCGCUCAACAUUAGCAAUCAGACGGUGGCUCAGGCCCUUCGUUCAUCCUCUAAAUUGGUCGUAAGCAGCGAUAGCAAGAUGGUGAAACGCAAAAGCCCCUUCACAGAGAAGGAAAAGGAGGAGUUGCAGUCUAUCAGAAUAUGCCAGCCACAGGAACACAAUGCUUCGCGGUCUAAUAAGACAGAUGUAGUUGUCAGUCAUAAGCUCCAUGCAUUGGUAGAGUAUGAGAAUGCUGAAACAGCUGAGAAAGCAGCUGAAAGGUUGAACGAUGAAGGUAACUGGAGGAAGGGCAUGCGAGUGAGGCUAAUGCUAAAGCGUUCGCCUAAGACUGUGGCAAAGAGCCGAAAACCGGAAAUUUUCGAUGCUUGUAUAGACGACAAUGGGUCGAUCCAUCAUUCACCCGAAGAUGCCCCUCGGAAUAACACCUCAGAAACAGAGUCAGACGACAACUCAAGGAAAAGUUGGACUAGAAAUUGGGCCAAGACCAAGCAGCGUCCUCUUCAAGGCACACGCAGCCUGCCCAUACAAUCGUCACAUUUAAUGGGCUUCUGCCUGGGCCAGCAGCCCAUGAAGGGCCCAAGAAUGCCCGAUGGAACAAGAGGUUUCACCAUGGGCAGGGGUAAACCGCUGGUCGUCCAGGCCCAGUCCAGUUAAAGAGCGAAAGUCUGUGGUGUAUGUAUCAUCACAUCAUCAUGAUAUUGUAAAGCCCUUACAUGAGAUGGAAACCACAUCAAGGGUCUGUUUGGAUUCUUGAAAAAAAAUAAUAAAAAAAUAAAA